GGGAGCGCCGCCGUGUCCAUGGACUAGCCGAGGCAGCACAGGGACCCCGGGUACGCCGACCGCCGCCUCGCCCUCCGCCCAGCUCGGCGCGACUUAGCGAGCAGGCUGCUGCCCCGACGCUGUGCUAUAGAAGAUGCACUAUUACCGAUACUCUAAUGCAGAAGUCAGCUGUUGGUACAAAUACUUGCUCUUCAGUUACAACAUUGUCUUUUGGCUAGCUGGGGUGGCCUUCCUUGCAGCUGGUCUGUGGGCAUGGAGUGAAAAGGGUGUACUCUCUGAUCUGACAAAGGUGACUGGUCUUCAUGGUCUGGACCCAGUGGUGCUUGUCUUACUGGUGGGAAUAGUGAUGUUUACUUUGGGAUUUGCUGGUUGUGUAGGAGCACUGAGAGAAAACAUCUGCCUUCUGAAAUUUUUCUGUGGAGCAAUUGUGUUUAUAUUCCUGUUGGAGCUGGCAGUAGCAGUUAUGGCUUUCCUGUUCCAGGACUGGGUGAGGGACAGGGUAAAGGAGUUCUUUGAGAAUAACAUUAAAUCCUACCGAGACGAUAUUGACCUCCAGAACAUCAUUGAUUCGCUACAGAGAAUUAACCACUGCUGCGGUGCCCAAGGUCCUGAAGACUGGGACUUUAACAUAUACUUUAACUGCAAUAGUGAAAGCAAAAGUCGUGAGAAGUGUGGAGUUCCUUUUUCCUGUUGUAUACCUGAUCCUGCUCAAAAAGUUGUGAACACACAGUGUGGCUAUGAUAUCAGAAAGAAGAGCAAGAAUCAAUGGGAAGAUCAGAUUUUUGUCAAAGGAUGUAUUCAUGCUCUUGAAGCUUGGUUACCCCGAAAUAUCUACAUUGUUGCAGGUGUCUUCAUAGCUAUCUCACUGCUCCAGAUCUUUGGAAUUUUCCUAGCCAGGUCAUUGAUCUCCGAUAUUGAAGCUGUAAAGGCAAGUAAUGCCUUCUGAAUAUAAAAGCAGACACAUGUUGCAAAACAGUAUAUUUUACGAUUAUUGAUUGGACACUAAGGUGGAAGAAAUGCACGGACCGUGAAAUACUCCUGUUAUGAAAAGCCUUAUGUGGAUUUUGCCCUGCUCGUGCUUUUUGUUAGAAGCUGGUACAAAAGAAAUCUCCAAAUGCACACCUGUCUACCUUUUUUCUAACAAGACAACUCAGUGCACCAGUGUUGAUCUCUGAGGAAGAAAUGGAAUUUCCCAACACACUGGCAGAACAGAUUUUAAGGACUGCAGCAGGAAGACAUAAAAUUGCUGUAAACUCUUUCCCUGAAGGAUUGCUAUGAAAAUUGUUCUGUCUUCACUCUUAACUGUCGUCUGUCUUAAAAUGUAAUCUUUUCAGAAGGCAUGUACUGAUUUCUUCAGAAUCUUGAAAUCAUAUUAAUCUCUGCAUUAGACUCAAGCAGUCAUUUUUGGCAAGAUAUCCAGCAACCAUAAUCAUCAAGGUAUUGGAAAUUGGGGAAAAAAAAUCACAAGUUGUCUAGUUCUUGAAUUGAUUUUCAGUUGUGCAGAACCCAUGCUGUUUUGAAAAUUCAAGCCAGUUCUCAGAUAGGAAAAAUCUGUCUCUAGCAUUAUGUGUUAGAAAACCCCAUUUCAGGCAAGGGGGUGUGAAGCUCUGAUGCUGUUUCCUGUCUGAGGAAAAUUUAACUAUUCUUUAUUUAUAGAAGAAAAACCUCUUUAAAAAUGCUUAUCCUUUCAUUGAUCACUAAUAUCUUUAAAAAGUGCUGUCUGUGUAAAUUGCAAAGUGCAACUGGUUUCAGUAGGUAGCAAGCAUGCUGUUAGUGGCUUUUUUAAUUCCUCUGGUUUCUCCCACAACUACUGUAUGGAUCUUCACAAGUCUGAACUGAUACUAUCAGGACCAAUGAAAGACUUAUAAAUUCAGCAUCAGUCCUUACUGAAAUAUGUUUGGAAAUGAGGAAGUACAAAGUUAGUGAAAGAUUAGAGUUGUUGGAUUUUUAAAUUUUCUGUAAAGCUAUUAAAACAUCAGUUCUGCUUGGUUCCGUGGUUCAAAUGUGAAUCAAAACAUGGUGAACCAGAAUGAUUUCUUCACAGUAAUUUUCUGCAUUAAGCUGAACUAUUCCUUCUGAGGUCAGGGUUUUUGUUUUAAUCAAGAGGAAACUAAACUUUCCUCUUCCAGUCCUCCCUUCUUGGGAGUUUAGUAGAUGGAUCUGUAGUUCAGUAAGAGUUCUAAUCUUUUCUAGAAGACUUUUUAGUAUCAUUAGCUUUAAGGUAAAAGUAUGUGGCUGAAAAGUUCUUGAAGGUAGCUGUAGCUGUCAGUUUUACUGUGGGCCAUAUAACUAACAUUGUUUACUGCUUCCAGUAACACCAGACUUUCAGGGAGAGCAGGUUUAUUUACAGUGCCUAACAUAGUGUAAAUUUUAGAAAAUUAUAUAUUUUUAUAAUGAUAUUUUAGUAUAUGUAGUCUGCCUGAAAGAUUGAAUGCUUGUAUUUCUAAAGUAUAUGGCUUUUUCAGGAAGCCGAAUUUUUAAAUCUCUCUCAUGUCCUUUUAUUCUAUAAUGCAUGGAUUAACAAAUAUUUCACUGGCAACAGUUGAUCAACAGUAAGAUCUUAGUGUCUGUGUUGGUUAUCCAGACAUCCUUAUAGCUUGUAAUCUGUGAAGCACUUCAGACAGUGCUGUACUUCUCAUGCGUACUUCAGCUUUCAUAGUUCUCUUUCUGGCCAGUGACUGAGACACAACAGGAAAAGGAAGCUUGUCUAAGGAUGGCUGAUUUCCUUACAGUAGCAGAGAACAGUCUGCUAUUAACUCAUCUGAAAACCUAAAGUAAAAUGGCUAGAAGUACACUGUGAUUUUUUUUAACUUUGAUAUACAACAAGAAAACAAUAACAGUAGAUCACUGAGGGGAGAGCAAGAGGCAUUUCUUCUGUAAAGCCUUGAAUUUGAGGUCUGUUUUACUUAUUUGUUUAAUGCAUUGGGAGUAGCCAAAAAUGUGCAAUUGUACUGCUACUUUGCAAGUGGCAAAGCAGUGUCCAGCAACCUUUGCUUUAAAUUCUGGUGCUUGAAACUUUACACCACCUCAUCAACCAACUUAGUCAGUUAAUGUUUUGUGUAAAUAAUCUGAUGUAUGUAAAAUUGGAGAAGGAUGCUUCCUGUUUGUAACUUUUUAUUCAUAAAACAUUGCAUUGAAAACUGCAACCAGGGAGUAUGUUUCCCUUUGCCACUUUUUGACACAGAAAACUCCUGAUGCUGGGAAGGAAUUUCAGCAGUUUGGUGAAAAAUCAUGCCAGUGGCAAGGAUGUCUGUGAAGUUCAUGCACCAAAAUUAGCUGCUGACAAGAGCCAGCAUUUUGGAUUAGGAUUCCAUGGUCUGCAAAUCUUGCCAAUUUGCCUGAAGACAAAUGAGUACUUGUUUUGUUUUUUUUUAAGUACUGUCUGUGUGCAAAACAGAAUUUAAUUGAAGUGUUGUCUUUCCACAGUUUGUUCUUACGGGCUUUGGCCAUAUUAACACCAGCUUUGUAUCAGUGCUUCAGUUAUUUGGAGCUGAAUUGAAGAGAAAAGUACAGCCUAUUUGAGGAUCUUUAAAUUCAUGAAGUGAUUUUUCUUUUUUACACUGUGGAUAAACUUCUCUGUGCUUAUUCAGUAUAAUUUUUAAAAUCCCUGGGCUCUAUGCUGGUUUGCCCCUAGACAUUUUGGAGUGUACCCCCAUUGAUGGAACACAUGGCUAGGGUAACGUCAAACUUAAAAUGGCAAUGUUUUCUGCUUAAUUUUAUUUAGCAUCUCUUCUGUGGACCUGUAGGGACUUCAUGGCUAAAGAUUUAGGUUAUGGUUUAAAAAAGUCUUGUCAGCAGAAGUGGCUGGGUGUGAGCCUGCCUCUAAAGCCUCCAAGGAGAAGUAAUUCAGUGACCUCGCAGAGGUUUGAUAAAUUGUUGAGAUUUCAGUGGUUGCAUUUGGAACAACUUCACGAACACUACAAUGGAAACAGGGUUUUUGAUGAAGAUGUCAGAUAGGAGCUCAGACUUGAAUAACUACACUGAGAGAAGGAAACAUGAACGUGAUCACUUUUAUUUCUCUGAAAUGAGCACAAUUUAUUUCCGUUAAGCGACGUAUUUGUCAGUAUGUUUGACAGUGCAACUACCCUUUUGUUGCUAUCAGUGUAACUGCAUUUGGACACAGUUUCCCUGUACGUGAAGAGGAAGGUCAGUGUAAGCACUGAAAAAGGUGCAGUGACCAAAGGACCUUCGGUCGCCUCCUGAAAAUCUGAAUGUUUCUUCCCAAGAGGUCUUCAGUUUUGGUGACCUCAUACAGUGCCAUGUGCAUAGACCUGUACUUCAGUCCACUGAGGCUGAUGUGGUGAUUGGCUGAUGUGUAGAAUUGCCUUGGGUUUUGUCUCCUCAUUCCACCCUUCCCUCUUCCUUCCCCUUACUGCCUAUGGGUUAUCAUGCAGCUUGAGCAUUGUUCAGCCAUUGGAAGAGGAGGUUCUGUCUUCUCUUCUGAGGUGGCUUUUCUGAGUGACUUUCAGUAUAUUUUUUUUCUUAAGCCUUAAAUUUUAUUAAAUAAAACUUGAUGUUUUCUA